UUAUUCCCUACAUCUUUGUGUAUAUUCCCCUCUUUCUCUUUACUAGUUUUUCAAGUCCUCUAGUGUUGAGGUAAAAGAAGAAGAAGGAAGAACAAAAUCUCUUCUCCUCUUUCCCUUUAUAUCCUUCUAAGUCGUGAAGAGUUGGGUAAUAGAAGAGGAGGAAGAACCCAAAAACAAAAAGACAAAAAGAGCUAGCUAGAGGUAAUAUACGAAGAAGAAGGAAGAAAACCAAACAAAACCUUCCCCAAUGUUUCCAUCAGCAGUGAUGUCCAACUCCACAUCCAUCUCAGAAGAAGCCAGCACCUCUUUAGAAACCAGAGCCCAUAUAGACUUCAACAAACUCACCUCCCUUCUUUCCCCCUCAUCUUCUCACCAAAACCAAGAGAACAAGAAAAAGAGAAGCCAGCCAGGAAACCCAGACCCAGAAGCUGAAGUGGUAGCUCUCUCUCCAAAUACCCUAAUGACAACAAACAGAUUCGUGUGUGAAAUCUGUAAUAAGGGAUUUCAGAGAGAUCAAAACCUCCAACUUCACAGGAGAGGGCAUAAUCUACCAUGGAGACUUAGGCAGAGAAGUGGCAAAGAGGCAGCAAGGAAGAGGGUGUAUGUUUGCCCUGAGCAGACUUGUAUUCAUCAUCAUCCUUCGAGAGCCCUAGGUGAUUUGACAGGGAUAAAGAAGCAUUUUUGCAGGAAACAUGGUGAGAAGAAGUGGAAGUGUGAGAGAUGCUCGAAGAACUAUGCUGUUCACUCUGACUGGAAGGCUCAUGUCAAGACUUGUGGUAGCAGAGAAUAUCGAUGUGAUUGUGGUACUAUUUUCUCCAGGAAGGACAGCUUCAUCACACACAGAGCCUUCUGUGAUGCCCUAGCAGAAGAAAGCGCAAGACUUGGUUCCAACUCCAUUUUAUCUGACACUACAGUACUCUCCACUCUCCUCCCCCAACCUCCCUUCACUUCCUUCACCAACUGGUAUCCAUCUUCUAACACAAACCCUAACCCUACUUUCAACAACACCACAUUGCCAUUCCAUUUGCAGCCUGAUGAGCCUCCUCACACCUUUCACCCUUACUUUUCCAAUCACCACCUCGUUCUCCCACCUACCUUCUCGACCAUAGUAUCCGCCACUGCACUUCUCCAAGGCGCCUCUUCCAUGGGUCCCUUGCCGGCAACCACCAGUACUGUUAUGACAGCCACCUUAGACACCGGAGAGAUUUCUAUGUGUAGAAGUGAUGGCAAAAGGUUGACCAGAGACUUCCUCGGAGUUGUUUCCGGCGAUGUCGCUGAAGAAGAUGAGUUCCUCCCUCUUUCAGGACUUGGAGUAGAUCCUGUUACCUCCUCUCGCUAUGGCCAUAGUGUUGAUCACAGCAAGACUCUUCCUAAAGCUUGGCGAGACUGCUAGAUGGUAAAUAUAUAAGGAUUUGAUGAGUUCAGCUAUGAUCGACUAAUCUAAUGCAAAACUAGCUAGCUUAUCUUA